AUGCCUCGUGUCAAGUACGUCCUCCUCGACUGCGACAACACCCUCGCCUUGUCGGAGCGUCUUGCCUUUGAGGCCUGCACCGACUUGACCAACGAGGUCUUGGAGAAAUGGGGCAAGUCCGAUCGCUACACCGUCGAUCAGCUCCUUGAGGACUUUGUCGGCCACAACUUCCGUGGCAUGCUCGUCGGUCUGCAGAAGAAGCACGGCUUCACCAUGACCCCCGAGGAGGUCGAUGCCUACGUUGACCGUGAGCUCGGUGCCGUCACCGCUAAGCUGAGCGAGAAGUGCACUCCCUGCCCCGGUGCCCCCGAGCAACUCGAGUGGCUCAAGCAGCAAGGCUACCCCAUGUCCGUCGUCAGCACCUCUGCCAAGCCCCGUGUUGUUGCCAGCAUCAAGAAGAUCGGCGUCGACCACUACUUCCCCGACGAGCAUGUCUACAGCGCUGCCACCAGCUUGAACCCCCCCUCCAGCAAGCCCGACCCCGCCAUCUACAACUACGCCUGCCAACAGCUGGGCGUCAAGAACUCGGAGUGCGUCACUGUCGAGGACAGCAAGAGCGGUGCCACUGCCGCCAUGCGUGCCGGCAUCCCCCUCAUCGGCUACGUUGGUGUCUACGGCAUCGAGGAGGGCCAGGAGAAGAUGGAGCAGAUGGCCAAGAUCCUCAAGGAACAGUGCAAGGCCGACGUCAUCAUGUACGACUGGAAGGAGUUCCCCGAGUGCCUCAAGAAGAUUGAGGCCUUUUCUUCGGGUCAGAAGGAGGCCUUCACGUCAACCGGCUCGGACCCUGUAGCCAACCUCAACGCUGGCACACCGGAGUUCAUCAAGAACCACCGUAGCGAUUCUACUCGGUACAGUAUCGACGAUAGACCUGGCAGCCAUCGUCCAUCCGGUAUCGACGAUAGACCUGGCAGCCAUCGUCCAUCCGGUAUCGACCCCUACGACAACAAGAAGAACGAGCUUCCACGGGCCAAAGACGAGCCGAAGGGCCUCCCUGUGCCCGGCCGUCGUAAUGCGGUCGCUCACAUUCCUCAGCCCGUGAAGGAGCCAGGGAAGAAGUAG